AUGUUGCCUCCACCACCACCUCCUCCUCCUUUUGCAUCUAAGAGACCAAACAAUGGAACCAUGUUGCCUCCACCACCACCUCCUCCUGUUGCACCUGAGAGAUCAAACAGUGGAACCAGUUUGAUUCAAACAUUUAACCCUUCUCCACCACCAGCACCACCACCACUUCCUCCCCGUCCUGAUUUUAGCUCAUCAAGAAUAGCAAAUCGACAUUACCUUCGCUUUCUAACAGAAGAGCCACUUAGUGAACCAAUAUUUGAUGCAGCAGAAAUACAGAGCAUGUUCUCUGUUUCAACGCCAAAACCUCGAGUAGUUCGGCUGAUUGACUUUUGGAGAGCCAAUAGCAUGGAAGUUAUGCUUAACAAAGUAAAGGUGCCGCUGCCUGAUAUGAUGGCUGCAGUGCUGGCAAUGGACGAUACUGUCUUAGAUGUUGAUCAAAUAGAGAAUCUUAUAAAGAUUAAGUUGUUUCCAACCGAGGAAGAGAUGGAAACUCUUAAGAACUACACUGGUGACAAGGCAAUCUUGGGAAAAUGUGAGCAGUUCUUGCUAGAGCUAAUGAAGGUGCCGCGAGUAGAUUAUAAGCUGAAAGUGUUUGCCUUGAAGAUUCAAUUCGACACUCAGGUCCGUUCUUCUGAAAAUCUAAAAGAAAUUAUGAAACAUAUUCUUUACCUUGGCAACACAUUGAACCAAGGAACUUUCAAGGGCUCUGCAGUGGGGUUUAGGUUGGAAAGUUUAUUGGAAUUAAGCAAGACAUAUUCUCCUAACAGCAGCAUGACUCUCAUGCAUUAUCUUUGCAAGGUCUUGGCUUCCAAGGCACCACAUUUACUGGACUUCUACGAGGAUCUUGAAGGUCUUGAAUCAGCUUCAGAGAUAAAAAUGAAGUCGCUGGCAGAGGAAUAUUUUGAUAUAAGCAUAUCACUGGAAACGCUGGGAAUGGAGCUCUAUGCAUCCGAAAGAGAUGGUCCGGUUUCUCAAGUUUUCCGUCAAAAGCUGAAGGAGUUCAUCCCCAUUGUUGAGACUAGAGUGGCAACUGUAUUGGAUCCUUACUGCGUCGUGGGAAAAGAUGCUGACGCACUUGUGUAUUAUUUUGGGGAGGAGCCAUACCUUUAUCCAUUUGAAAAAGUUGCUGCGACACUGUUGGAAUUUGUAAACUUGUUUAAGAAAGCACAUGAAGAGAAUGUCAAGCAAGCCUGA